AAGGCUAUUCAUCUUAUAUUAAAUGGAGUCAUUACCAAAGUUUCAACUAGAGAUUUUGCAUUACCAGGAAAAAAAAAAACACACUAUGAGUUCUCUGCUUCUCAGCCGUCUCUCUAGGCUCUGUCUGAGGAAACCACCUACGCUAGGAGUUAAAUACCUAUGCGGCGCUCGAUUCCUGUCAGAAACCUCUAUUUGCCGCAUCGUACGCGCUGAUCAUUGUCAGUAUAGUUCGAGGGAUGAGAGUGUCGGCAAACUUGUGAUUCACAAUGUUAAUGAUUCGGACUUUAAGGAUGACGAGGUUUUGGAAAAGAUGGUGCCCAUGGAGUUGAUGACAGGAUCAGGAACGAUAGGAGCAUCCCAUGGCUGGGUAGCUACUUUGAAAGAGAGCAUAGUGUGUCUUCAAGACGAUCUAAACCCGAGAGCGUCUAAUUCAGAUCCGAAGCGAAUCUCUCUGCCUCGUCCCCAAACGCUGCCUCAUUGCCAAACCCAACUGGUAACCAACGUGGCAAUGUCCUCCUCUUCUCCUGAGGACGAUGACUGCAUUGUGGCCGUCAAGUUCGUUGGACCUCAACUCAGCCUGUGUAGGCCUGCUGAAAAGAAUAAAAAGUGGGUCAACAUCAGAAUCGAAGACCCGGGCUUCUUCAACUCACGAGUCAUGUACUCAAAGAGAGAUAAGAUGUUCUCCAUGCUGGAUUGUGUAGGCACACACAUAGGAUACUGGGAUCUUGAAAAACACAGAUGGCGUAACUUGGGGAGUUUUUCCUACUACUAUGAAGAGUUUGUGCAGUCGCAGUUGCAGCAGCUGUCUCAGUGUUACAGGACCGAACACUUGGUGGAGGCACCCACAGGUGAAACUUUUAUUGUUAAGUGGUACUCAGAUCUCCUCCUGUGGGGGAGCGAGCGCAAUUUUGGGAAUCCGCGUUGGCAGCGUUUCAUGGUGUUCAAGAUACAAUAUGAUCAAAUUUGCACCGCCGUUUCCACUAAGGACAUUGGAGAUCUCUGUAUUUUUCUCUCCACCAAAGGCGAACCUUUCUCUGUUAAGGCUAGCUUGUAUGGCCUUAACCCAAACUACAUCUAUUACGUGGGCCACUUUAACUUCGGAAAAGUCAAUAUCCGCGAUAAUGUCUGGGUUGGUGGACAUGGCUUUUCCCCUGCCCCUUACUUCAUUCCACCUCAAUCCUCUUAAUUGUGUCUCUUUAUUUUUCGCAUUUGGAUUACAAUUGAAACUCACUCGCACUUCUAUUGUAUAGUCUGACUUUACUUUUAAAUGUUAUGUGGAGUUUGAGCAUCACAAUGAUACAACAACUCUUCCUAUU